AUGAUCAACUCUUGUAGCUCUGUCUGCUCUGAGCAAGACUGUGGCCAAGGUCUCUGCCAGGAGACCUGUUGCCAGCCCAGUUGCUGUGUAUCCAGCUGCUGUAAGCCCUGCUGCCAGUCCGUGUGCUGCCAGCCCUGCUGCCGCCCCAGCUGCUGCUGCCCCAGCUGCUGCGUGUCCAGCUGCUGCAGGCCCCAAUGCUGUACCUCUAGCUGCUGCCGCCCCAGCUGCUGCCGCCCUAGCUGCUGCAUCUCCAGCUGCUGUAAGCCCUGCUGCCAGUCUGUGUGCUGCCAGCCCUGCUGCCGCCCCAGCUGCUGCGUGUCUAGCUGCUGCAGGCCCCAGUGCUGUACCUCCAGCUGCUGCUGCCCCACCUGCUGUCAGACCACCUGCAGCCGCCCCAGCUGCUGCAUCUCCAGCUGCUGCAGGCCCUGCUGCCAGUCUGUGUGCUGCCAGCCCUGCUGCCGCCCCAGCGGCUGUGGUAGUUCUUGCUGCUGA